AUGGCACCUCAUCCCCCAGAUGAUCAUGACCAAAAGCCAAGGGACCAGAGUAUCGAGAACAUCCAUCUCAUGGACUUCAGUAUCGACAAUAAUUUAGACGGAGAUGAGAAUCUUCUAGGGCAACGAGAUGCUGCAUUUCAAGGCCACUGGCCAGAUUUGCGGGUCAAAACAUCUGUACAUUCAGAUACAGCAGACUCAACAGAGCAAGCAAGCGUUCUGAAAGACGCCAAGGACCACUACAAAACUAGGAUCACACGAAGCGCCGAUGGUCCAGUCCUUAAGCCAUUUUUCCAGACUUCCUUCGGGAAGCUGCCCCCAGAAAUACGGGAAAAGGUCUUCAUCGAAUUGCUCGCUACUCCACCGUCAUAUGCUGGCCAUGACUUCGUUACCAGCCCCCCGAAGCCCGAGAUGUCUCCAACAGCACCAGCACCAAAGAAGUUCGUGCAUAUCAAGGCAUCGUGGCAUCAGGUCACACGAACUUGCCGUCAGAUUUACAUUGAGUCACGCCCCGUGUUCUUUGCCUCCAAAUCUUACUAUCUGGCGGAUGCUCAAGAGUUGGAGCACUUCUUUCACUACGUUGAAGUUCCCUGGCGAACAACCUUCCGGUGUAAUACUAUCACUGCAUUAUGUCUAAAGGGUCUUGUUGCUUACCUACCCUUGUUUACUGAGAAGCAGAUUGACGACAUAUUCUCCGAUCCGACUGACAUGCUAGGCGUCUACAACACGCGGCAAGAACUCGAGGCGAUGACUUUCGAGACUCUCGAUAUUCCUCACUACUGUCCUCUGAGACGCCUCAACAGCCUCAGAACAGUCAGCCUGUGCAUGCGAGUUGGCGAAGAGAUGUUAUACGUCAAUCUCCUAUAUUUCUUGAGUGGCAUGCGGAAAGGCUUGGUAGAGUUUGUGAAUGCAUCUCACUGGUUGAUACGUCCACAGGCUCCUGAGGACGUUUGGAGAAUUCAAUAUGCUUGUUUCAUCAAUGGCGAUUUUGCAAGGGGCAAAGACAAUGAGGACGUUCCAUAUGACACGCGCUGCAUUGAACUAGAGACCACGGACAUUGACUCACGCGCACCAGAACUAAAAGAGGGUGAUGAGCGCUACGUUGAAGUUCAGAUCCAACUCGCCGCGAACCAGCAGCAGUUGCGAUAUCCCCUAGACGGAGAUGAAAACGACAUAGGGUGGGAAACAGCAUCUGAUCACAGCGACAUGGACCCAUCUACUCGAGGCUCAACCCAGGCUCCGCCUGAGGCACCACAAGACGAAGUCGAAGACAUUGCGCAGGCAGAAAUAUCAGAAAAUGACCACAUGUUCGCCGUACGUGAACCAGAGCCAAAUCGGACCAAUCAGUCUUCAUUCCUGGGGCCGCAAAGCGAAAAUCCCAGUGGCCCCCAAUCAAACUCUGAAACAGAUCAGGAGGAGGGCCAAAUCCUGUUAGGACAUGGUAGUGAAGAAUUCUCUGGUACUCAGCCGGAAACACAGUCCGACCACCAGGCCACGGAUUCUCCAUCGUCCAGACCCUCUAUACGCGUAACACACGAUGCCCCCACAGAUACUGAAGAUGAUCGAAGGUCCCUGCUCGACUCCGAAGACCCGGACAACCACGUUCAAACCGACACCAAAGCCAGCGACCCAGCGCCUCAAGUGACAGAAUGGCAGCACGAUAACGCAAUCCACGCUGAGAGUGCAACCGAAACAGACCAAAUGCAAAGAAACCCAAACACCGAAGUCAAAAGCGAGAUCCGUCGCACAAACAUCAAGUAUCUAUCGGGCCGAAAAAGACGACUCUGGUUGGAUGUUCUGGACACACCAAAUCCGUAUACGGAGGAGGAAAUGGAAUCAUAUCAGGCAUGGCAACAACUGGCUAUUGGCGAAGCCCACCAAAAGACCGAGAGACAUUCUCACCAAGGAGAACAGCCUUCUGUGCCAAUUGGAAAAAGGCAGGAGCGUCAGGCGAAGGGCCCUGGCGAGGCAAGCCAGACCGCGACUCCCAAAGAAAAGCGUCCGUCGCCAGCAUCACCACAAGGUUCCGAGAUGCCCUCCAAACCUGUCUCCAUGGGUCUUGCUCAAGCUUAUCUUGUUCUACCGGUUUGGCCGGUGCCCCUUCCGGGCUCAACGAACUGGAAGACGGCCGCAAUGAGUGGAGCGAGAUGGCCAGAGAUCACCGCCCGAGACGAUCUUCAGAUCAAAAUUGGCCAAUUGAAGACGGACAACCAAGACCUUGAGUCAUCAUUGACUUGGAAGUGGGCCGAACUGGCUGAAACCGUAAAGGCCUUAUCGGAUGCUACCGCUACUGAAGAAGCACAGGACAAGCGUACCGAGGAUCUUGAGUCUCAGGACGAUAAAGAGGCCGCCGAUGCAACGAAAGCUCUCCAAAAGGCUCAUGACUUUCUCAAAAUCGAUUUCGGAGAACUAGAGUCUUCAGCGGCAGACUGUGAAAAAACCGUGGAGGAAUACCAGAGUAUUUGCGAGGAUCUCGAACAAGAGGUCACACAACAAAAGUCCGGGACGCAAGGAUCUAAGCUGGCAAGGACAAGAAGAAAGAUCACUGAGCUGAAAAGAGAAGUGGCCGAUUUCGUGAAGGAUACCGCUGAGCUCGAAGCUCAUGCCAACACGAGGAAAGAUGUCGAGAGUCCGGAGGGAGACUUCACACAGCACGAUUCUUCCACUGACCAAUCGGCUCUCCACCUCCCUCCAAAGUCGGCAGAAAAUCUCAAGGCCGCCAACGUCUGCGGUUACUGCCGGAGCAAAGGCAUGCUCCCACAGUCAGUCAUCGUUCCAGAAACUAAUGGAAGUGUAACAGGACGGUCCGCGCAAUCAGCAGCCAAUACGCUGAGGGAUGGAAUAGUUCACCUAACCAUCCGUCAACUCGAGGAGGCUCAGAAUAAUGGGCACCAUCCGACCUCAGAGGAGAGCGCGCGUCUGUGGGAGGAAUUGAUCGUCGAAGCAUGCGAGCAAGUCUGUGGUUGCGCGCAAGUGUUACGACAACACGACGGUCGACCCCAUGUCAGACCUAAGAUCCAAGGAAAUGAGAGCUUCUUCAUAGAAGGCAAACAAUCUGCUACAUCGACUGCCCUUUCACUGAAAUCGCUCUCUCGCGUCGGCCAUAUCGGCAACCCACAGAGAGCAUUUCGCCUCCAGCAACAUUCUUUCCGCUUUCCGUCACGACAUUUCCACCUCGACCCACACUUUCGCCGGCAAGAUACCACAACAUCCACGGCCACAUACACCACAACCAUGGCACUUCUCAUGAGUCCAGAAAUCCUGAUGCGGCACCUCAGCCCCAUGCACGUGGCGAUGCCUAUUGCGGCUGCACUAUUGGGUGUUGCCGCCAACUACGGUCCUCGAAUGUUUGCAAGUCCAGCAAUCGAGGUCAUACCGCAAGAAAUAGGGGAGUUUGCUUUCCACAAUGGAGUUCUGAUUCCCCACCAGGACUACUUGUACGGAUCCUCGGAGACUGGUGAACCCUUCAUCGUGGGAAAAAAGCUAGCUGGGCAGGACUACUCGGCAUGGGAAGCUGGAUAUGAGAAGUUCGCAAAGUUAGAGUCACUGACAUUUGGCGAUUCGGGUUCGAGGUCGACUUGGUCUUGGUCCUUCGAAGAACCAAAGGCCUCCAGAAGCUCAAAUUGGUUGAAGCUAUUGCUUUGGCUCAUUCUCGGCACCAUGUGCCUCCUUAUGCUCAGCUAUCUUGUACGCAAGAUUGUGAGCAGAUUCUCGUGCCAAAAACGCGACAACAAAGAGGGGAUUCUGGCAAACCCAACCAGCGAUAUUGAUGCGGAGAACGCAAAGUUGAACCUCCUGUGGCGAACCACUCUGAUCAGCAUGUACCGAGAGCGAAAGAGCGAGAACUUGUUGCUCAAGAGCGCACUUGAAACACUGAAGGCGGAGCAUGCUGACAAAUUCGCUGAGCAACAGAGGGAGAUGGACAACCUAAGGCAGAUGCUCGACACGCAAAAAAUACUUGCACAGAAUCUGGGGAACUCAGAUCACGCAGUUGCAGCGGAAAACACCACGACUAAAGAUCCGUUGGGUGGCGGCCAGCCGGAAUCUGAUGUGAUGCCAGAGGAGGCGGUAGCUGGAAGCCAGGACGGAGUCGUUGACCUCCCUGUGGAGAGCUCGGAGGGCGAGCAAGCCAUGGCAGAGGCGGGUUUAGACGAUGAUGAGAAGACAGGCGCGAUAGAGCAGGAUGAUGAUACUCCUGCACUUGACAACGAAUCUCCUGGCCCAAAAAUGGGGAAGAACGGGAAACCACGAAUCCCGCGGGCAAACAGGAGAGCUGAUGGAAGCAUCCGGACUCCAUCGCAUCCGGACUACGUUCCUUUGGAAGAAGCCCCGUCCCGGCUGGGUGAUCGCCCAUUCCGCGGUCCUGGCCGUGGCAAUGGCUGGAAAAGACGACGUGGUGGCGGUGGUGGCUGGAAUGAUGGUGCACGUUUCGGUUGGAUAGGUGGCAGAGGUGGUGGAGGAGGAGGGGGAAGAGGGGGAAUGACUUGGGAUAAUGGACAGUCGAGCCAAGGAAGUGGCCACUAA